AGAUAUGUCUGACUCUCCACCUCGGCUUCUUCAAUUCCAUCGCAACUUAGAAGCUCUAUUGAAACAGAUGGAUAACUCUGAAGAAGUGAAUAAAGACAAGUUCAAAUUCUCUCAACAUAUUCUAGACUUCAACAAAGUUGGGAGGUUCCCUCCAGCUGCAGUGUCAAGAUCUGACACCCAACAAUUUAAAGACAAGGAUUCAGUCACUAGCAGGAGAGGAGGAAGGCUCACAUUUCCUGCUGUUCACCUACCUCCUGAACCCAUCACCAGGCCUACUUCCAGACUCCAGGUGCCACCUUUACCACCAGGGACAGUUAAAAAUGCAGUAAAAACGCCUUCAUCCGCCAAUGCCCAUGCAUUCAAAUCUGUCAAAACACUUGGAGAUGAUCAGGAAAAGAAGGACUCUUCCACCCAGCACUUCCUGGGAAUCGGCAUCUUGACCUGCGUUGUAGUGUCAUUUUUGCUGAUGGCCUUCAUAGCAGUGGGACAAAUCGUGAUUUGGGGGCAUUUAAAACAACUGGUGAUCAGCAAUACACAAAACAUCAGUGGAAGCAAUGUGUGGGAGGCAAUUGACAGUGAAGGUGAUAGUUACAACAUUUCCAUGACAGAUCAGGACGAGCACAGUGCGGACUCUGUUGAAUUUGGUAAUGAGUCAGUUGGUUACCCUUAUCCCCCUCCUGCCAAACUAGGCCUCUCCUCUGCCACCGCCAUCUAUUAAAUAAGGUCCCACCCUACUCAUACCCAUCUGCCCCAUUCCCAACUAUCCAUCCAAUAAAAUCCCAUCCCAUUCCUUCCUAAGCCCCACCUCCACCCCCCACAACAAGCCCGGGGGUCACAGGGAAUUGUAAUAGU